CUCUCACGUACUACUAACGACCCAUAAAAGGGAAUACCUAGUAACCUGCCAAGAUGGUGUCAAAGGACCGCGAAAAAUGAGGGCCCCCCCAACGCAACUUGACCAGUUCUACCACCAGGGAUACGUCCUAUACACCUGCAGCACCUUAUCUUCCUCGUUGACCCCGAAAAAUCGCGUCCUUAUGGCUCACACUCUGUCCGCGUACAGCUUUGAAUUGGAAUUCAAUGGCUCCCAAGCUGGAACUCCGUCUACGGAUGCGUCCACGCCCAUUUCUUCCUAUGCGUCUUCCCCAGCUCCAUCUUCCUACCACCCAGUCGGAUGAACCUCACAUACCCCGUCCAUCGAACUGCUUCUUUAUAUUCCGAUCGGAAUUUCUGUCCCUUGACGGGAAGUUUCUCUCACGGGAACAAACAAAAGCCAGCAUAUCGGCUGCCGCAGCGUGGAAGGAGCUUCCCGAGAAGAGAAAGGCCCACUACAGGGAUCUCGCCAGGCGCAGGAAGGAAGAGCAUGCCCGCAAACAUCCUGGAUAUAAAUACAGCCCUCGCCGCUCCAAAGGUGGGAAGAAAGCGCAUGGACGCAUGAAGAUUAACGCGUCGCAAACCCAAAUCAGUCUGGAUGCGCAGAGGUUCUGCCACGCUCCUCCGAGCUCAGUCCCCACGGCGCCUGAGGUUCUUCAGUCUACAGUCCAGGUUUCGUCUCCCAUCAGCGAACCAACUCAACCUUUCAUGGCAAACGGGAACGAGAAGGAAAUCUCCCCCAUCCAGGCUAUGUACCUGGCGCCGAGCCUUUAUCAUCCUACACCUCCUGCUUCGUUGCCCUCCGUCGAGCUUGAUACUCUUCAGACUGGGGGCUCGGCACUAUGAAUGAAAACGAAGACCUUGGCUAGUUCUUGGCGAGGUUAUAUCGUCCUGAUCCUUCUCACCUCGACAUGAUUACUGAUCAACUUGAUGGAAGCCUUUACAAUGAAUGGGGAUCUGGCCCGGACCUGGGUUAUCAUGCCGCUGACGACCCCAUGAAUUAUUCCUCGCUCCUUCCGGACCUCCCCUCCUUAACUUUGUCUUCUAUCAUAAACGAUGGAGCCGGUGUCCGCAUUUUUUAACUUGUUUGGGUCGUUCUAAUCCGAUUCUGUAGCUUAUUUAUCCAACCAGACCUCAUAUGCUACUUAUCUCUUGUCAUAUGCACCAUGUCUCUCCAUUAGUAUGUUUUUUUAGUCUCUCGGAUGUGUAUUAAUAGUAUGUACCAUAUGUAGAAAAUUAUCAUUGAGGCUCACUGUCAGUUC